UCAUACCGGUAAUGACGUUUCAUAACAUUGUCGAUGACGUCAUCGCAUUUAUCAAAUUUCGUUAUAACUAGUGAUUUGACUGGAUGUAUCUUAACCAAUCAUAUUAUAGAUUGUAUUGUGCAAUUGAAAAUGGCCACGGAUGGCGUGCAGUGUUAUUGUUAUCAGAAGACUGGGAUUUUUUCAGAACUAAAAUGACAUGCAAGGUAAUUUGAGUUUUAAUAGAUGAAAAGAGAUAUUUCAAAAAACUGAUAUAUGAAUCGUCAUUAUCCGGGAGAUUUAGCGGUAAAAUCUUGUGACCGGGAGAAACGGUCGAAAAUCUUGAGACUCACGGAUUAUCCGGGAGAGUUGGCAUCCCUGUGAAGCAGUCAACUAUCACAAGGUUGCAAGAACAUUUACCCCUUCAUUUAAACAUGCAGCAGGAAGAAAACAACGGUUUUGGACCGUUUUACAAACAAAGAGGAUCAGGGGCGAUAUGGGUCGCGAUUACAAUCCUUGUGGCCUUCGUUGUAAUGACAUUCCUCGCGGAAAGGCCACUACAGCAUAAUGUUUUGGCCUUUUACUUCUUCGCUAUCAGUUUAUCUCUACUUGCCUAUAUGGUCGGAGAAAUGGCUCGAAGGCUUUGCUUGUUUGGUGAAGAAGUUCGCCAUUGUCACUCGCGCUACGAAGGAAGCAUGAAGAAGGCCUUUAAGGAGGCGUUUGACUUCCAGAACAGUAAACUCAUUGCUCUAAUCGCAAUUAUCAGCUUAGGCACGGCCUAUGUUUCCUUCUACGACAUGUGGUAUUCAUACAAGGCCGAGUUUACACGAUUAUUCUUCUUGAACGCUAUUUUUAUUCCCUUGUUUGUGUUCUUGUUCGGUUUACGUAAGCUUUCACGCGUGGAGUACUCUCAAGUCAACGAAAAAGAAAACAAAAACCUGGCCGAUGGUUUAGCUUGGGCUUGGGGUUAUUACUUUGGAUACCUGAAGUUUGUUUUGCCUGCAUUGGAGAACCAAAUCAACCUAACUGAGAAAUACCGCUAUGAAAUCAAAAACUGUUUGAUUUCAAACGAAAUUUCAAACAAGCAGUCAGAUCCAAAAGGACUGGUCAGAAGUGAUGGGAAUCUUGAGCCUCUAAAGAAAAAACACGGAGGCAUCGAAAACCGCACGUACAAGCACACAGUACAUAGCUUACGACAGAUCCCCUCCAGACCUAAAGAUCCGGUGGAGUUUGAGAAACAAUCUGGGGUUGUUUAUAGGAUUCCCUGUGGUGAGUGUAGUACUCAGUACAUUGGYGAGACAGGAAGGGCAUUAAGGACACGUAGAAAGGAACAUGAAGCGGCUGUCAGACUGGGAAAAACAAGCUCGUCGGCUUUAGCGGAACAUGCAAGCAAAACAGGGCAUCCGAUUGACUGGAAGGAAACAUCCAUCUUGUGUAAAGAAAGCCGUUGGUCGCAGAGGAGAUGGAGUGAGGCAAUAGAGAUUGCAAAGCAGAAGAGCGUUCUGUUUCGUAGUUACUAAAACGAGGAACGACCUAAAACCACCUACAACGACCAACAAAAAUCCACUAUGAUCGACAAUGAUCAACAAAAAUGUACAAUAACCAACGAUUAAGCGUUAUAACUGACAUACAGCGUUAUAUUGACGUGCAGUAAACGCUGUUUGAUUAUUUGAUUAACUUACCUAAAAUAAUACAGUAACUCCUCUAAAGUAAAAAAGACGUCUUCUCGAGUCGAAAAACAUGGCAAAUUACGCUUUCCUGUGCCAAGAUCAGACACAGGAAGCCCAAGGUGUACGGGAAUUUUUGCGUCUUCAUUUAUUUUUUCCUAGAUCUUGAAUAUCAUCACUUCAACAAAAUUCAUACAGAAUUUAGUAAACAUUUUACUUUUUUUAACCCUAAAAUUAUUCCUUUAUACAUUUUAUAUUCACUAUAUACUGCUAUUUCCAAAAGCUUUGACCACUUUACUCACUUACCAACGCCAAAAGCGCGCCAAAAUCUCGGUUGUUUCAGAUUCACUGCUCUCUAUUGUUUGCUAGUGUUUCGAUGUUUAUAGUGAACUAUUAGAAAAUGCGAUUAAGGCUUACCCAAAAUGGAAAAAGGAAAGACAAUCUAAUCAAAUAGACAACACACGCCGACAAGCAAAAAUAUACCUUGGGCUUCCUGUGUCUGAACUUGUGGCACAGGAAAGUCUUGGUUUUGAAAAAAAAUUGUCAUUACAUACGAGAAUACUUCUUUUUUAUACUUUAGAGGAGUUACUGUAUUAUUUUAGGUAAGUCAAGCUUUAAUUCAAUAAAUGCAAACAUUGAUUUGCGCAUCCUAACUCAAUGUCUAUGUUCAGCUUUGAAUACCUUUGAGUGCUCUUCAAGUGCUUGAAGACUUUUUCUAUUUUUUCCUGCUUUGGGACUUUGAAUGGACUUGCAUGAUCUUAAUGCCAGUCCACAGAAAGCACAUGAAUCAAUCUUACUCUCUAUUUUUAAUUAAUGCUAAAAUUGUUAAAACUAUUUCAGAAAUAACAUAGUUUGUGAAAAAGUUUAAAAAAGUUCAUAUGUAAGAACUUGGAAAUUUAUUUAAAACUAGGGAUUGUAUGUUAGAUUUGCAGAGUGUAAUGUCCAUCACGUUUCAUGUAAUGUCCAUCACGACAGACUUUCCCUUUUUGUA